UGGAAAAAAACAGAGUUCAAGAGGAUGCUGAUUAAAAAAAUUUAUUAAAUUAAAAUUGAAAUUGAAAUAUUAAAAUGAGUAAUAAAAUAGGAUUAUCAACUACGGAGGCAUUAGAAAUUCUUUAUCAUGAAGUUGAACGUGUUUUAAUUGAAUAUAAAGUUGACUAUCAUAAAAAUAAAAAAUUUCAUUGUUGGUUAAAAGAUUCACUCCAUCACAAAAGUCAGUAUACAACACUUUGUUGGACAUCAGCUGUUGCACUGUUCAUAAAUGCCAUCAUCUUAAUAAUUGCUUAUUUAAAUAUUAAUCAACAGAGCGAUAAAGUUUCAUUAUUGCCAUAUGAAGCACUUAUUAUCUGUUGUUUUGUUAUAUUAAAUUUUGUGUUAGUAAUAUCAGAUAAUAUUUUACGCCAUAACGAAAUACCUCACAGGGUUAACAUUCUUCUCAAAAAAAUAAACGCUGCUCGUUUAUUAUGCAAAUGGAAACCAGAAAAUUAUCCACAUCUUUGUACUCCCCUUUCACCUUGCGUAACUCUACAGUGGACAUAUCGGGAUAAUGUUAUUGUUAAUUUACCAUGGGCUUUACUAGUUACUGGUGAUAUUAUUAUAAUAAAACCCGGUCAACAAGUACCUGGUUAUUGUAUUCCAUACAACGAUCCUGAUGGCUCACCUUUAUAUGCUAAAGAAAUUUAUAGCCCAAAUGUUAAUCACAAUACAAAUGAAAUAUUUACAUCACCUCAAGCACGAAUUCCUUUAAAAAAUAAAAUUUAUAUAUUAAAAGAAACUCCGUAUUUAGUAAAUUUACGGAUGGCUUUAGAUCAAGCACUUGAUCGACCAGUUACUUAUCAUAAUCGCAAACGUCAUUUACUUAUGAUUUGUUGCAUUGAACAAUUGGCCUAUCCUAUUCUUUUAAUAAUUGUUUUAAUUGUAAAUUUAUUACGAUAUUUAUAUUUUUACAAGUAUGCUGGUACUGGCCACUGGACUGAAUUAUUUUUAUUACAACCAAUAGCAGUAACACUUCCAUUAUUGCCAAUUAUUUUUCCAAUAUUUUGGAUUGUUUUAAAUUGUUUUGGUAUGGCAAGAUUCAAAGCUUUAUUUCAACUUUAUCAAUCUUCUAGUAAAAUUUCGUUUGUAGAUCCAUAUGAUGAUACAGAUAUAGCAGGCCCAAAUAAUCCUGAGGUUGUUUAUAAUUGGUCAGAAUUGGCGGAAUAUUUUUUUUCAAUAAUUAUUGGUAAAGAAUUUAUGAUGUCACGUUCAGCAAGUAUUCUUCAUGUAUUAGGAUCAGUUACAGCAUUGUGUUGCAUUGACAAAAAAGGAAUUCUAUCUUGGGCCAAUCCAACUGCAGAAAAAGUUUUUUUUUUACGUAAUGCCAAUGCGCUGUCUCGUACAUCCAGUUCUAUUAGCCUUGAAAAACCAUCGGAAUCGCCAAGAACAACAACAGAACCUCUAUAUAAAAAUGAACAAGAAGUACACCACCAACAGCAUGAACAAAAACAACAACUAAAGCAAGAACAAGAACAAGAUAAAGAAGAAGAACAAGAACAAAAACAAAAACAAAAACAGCAACAAAAUCACCGUACAACAUAUGUUCAACAUGUUGCUGAAGUUCUUGAUUUAACUCACGAUCAUGCUCUACCAUUUCGUCUUCAAUUUGAUGAUCCUUCUUGGAGACAUCAUUUAAAUUCUCUAAAACCCUUGGGUUUGGCGAUAUUACUCAAUACGUGUAAUAUGGAAACUCAAGAACAUUAUGCUCAAUUUUGUUGUCACGUUACUUGUGAAGCUUUUUACAAUGAAAAUUUAGUUCCAGUAAUAAAUAGAAGCAACCACAACAAUGACGAUAAAAUUGAUUCAAACAAGAACGAUAUAGUUAUGCAAAGUUCGAGGCAAAUAAAUUUAAUCGUCGAGGAAUUUGAAAACAUUGGAAAGACGGGGUGUUUAUGUGAACUUGCAAAACAAAUAGGAUUUCAAGAACAGGCACAAGAAAUUUUUCAAUUGGAACAACAGCUAUCAACUUUUCGACAUGUUCAACCGGAAAUGGUCAGACGUGAUAUUAAAUUCGCAAGAUCAUUAAGUAUUGCUACAAAACUUAAAUUUCCUUUCCCUCAUAUGGUUGCAGUUGUAAUGAAAGAACGUACCGGUGGUAGUUUACAAUUAUUAACUCAAGGUACUGCGGAUAUUAUUUUAGACUCAUGUAUUGAAUUUUGGGAUGGACAUGAUCUUUGUCCAUUAUCCGCUUCUGAUAGAAAAAAAAUUCAAGAUUUUUAUCAACGGACUAGUUUAACGUCUUACUGUACUGCAUUUGCAUAUCGACCAUUGAUUCAUACCGUAAAUAAUAAAUUAUCAAAUAUUUAUUUAGAACUUCCAUCUGAUAGUAAACACUUGUAUGCACCUCAUAAAAGUCCAACUCCAGUACCUUGGGAUUUUCGAAAUGUUAUAGAUCCACGUGUUAAAGGAUUACUAGGGCAAUUUCAUUCAACAGAUUCCUUACUUUGCACUGAAAAUAAAAAUGAAGAAAUAAAUGAUGUUGACAGUUGUUUCGAAAUGCAAUGUAAUCAAAUAUUCAUUGGAAUGGUAACAAUGCAGUAUCAAGCUCAAGCAGAUAUGGUGCAAUUGAUUGAACAAUUAGAAAGAGCGUGCAUAAGAUUUGUUCACUUCAGCAAGGAAAAUGAAUUACGUUCGCGUGUAUUCUCAGAGAAGAUGGGUCUUGAGAGUGGAUGGAAUUGUCACAUUUCAUUGCUCAGCGAGAGGGCUAGGUCAGAGAGUCCAGUAGGGUGUUGUUGGGUGAGCCAAGCAGCUGCUAUGUCCUCACCAACGUCUUCUGAUAAAUUUAAUCAGUAUAAUACUGAUACCUGCAUGAUGAACGAAGAGGCCAGCGAAUUGCUUAAUCGUGUAUGUCCUCGUUCUAAUUUGGAUGUCAGUCGAACAAUGAGUAUGUCUGCACCUAGCGCAAUAAAUAUGGAUUAUGCAACUGUUAAAUUUGAACAAGAUACAACAGAAUGGCAUCAGGAUUCUGUUAUGCAAACUAAAAGUGCAAUGAGUCACAGGUUUGUGAAAAAAAAAAAAAAAAAAAAAAAAAUCACUAUUUUAUUUUUUAUUUAUUCCUUUAGAGAACAUGAUACAAUAAAAAGUGAAGACAGUGUAUUGGUUCAAAGUGUUGAAUUAGAAUCUGGACAGGAAGCUUGGAGAUCGUUGAGCUGUCUUACUGACAGUACUGAACAAAGUGCUCCAGUUAAUUUUGAUUUAUCCAACAGAGCAAAAUUACCUCGAGGAAUAGAUAAAAUACGUCCGCAUAUUGAAAUGGUUGACAAUGUACCUUUAUUGGUAUCGUUGUUUACCGAUUGCAAUACAAUAGUAACUCGUCAAAUGUUAAAUAUUAUGCAAGAUUAUGGUGAAGUAGUUUGUGUACUUGGUUCAUCGGCAAAUGCUGAUAAUAUGCCGAUAUUUAUGCAAGCAGAUGCUGGAGUUGCUGUUGAACCGUUGUAUCCACAAGUUUGUCAAAAAAUUCCUGUAAUGGUAAAUACAAAUGAUGAACAAGGCCCAUCACCAAUUGAUUUAAGCCGAGCUCUUAAUUCAAUAGCUUGUUCAUUAUGUGUAAAACGUGAAGAUCCAAUAGCUUUAUUUCACCUUGUAAUGGAGGCAAGAGAUUACAUGAGAUGUUUAUGGAAUUGUGUUCAAUUUUGGUUGUGUUGUAUUGUAACACUUUCAUUUACCCAAGCAUUAUCAGUAUUGUUAUUAUUACCACCAUUAUUUUCAAUAAGCCAAGUUAUCUGGUUAAUUUGUUUAAUUAUUCCUCUAUUAUCAAUAUCAAUGAUGGCUACACCAAUUGACCCUACAAUAAUGCAGAGAGCUACCGGAAAAAAUCAGUGUGUUGUUAAUAGCAAGGUUGCCUUUUUUGUUAUUUGGUGUUAUGGGAGUAAAUUUUUACCUACAAUAAUAACACUUGUAUUAUCACAAAUGAUUUUUUACAUGUUUUUAUGUCCAUUAUAUAAUAUAAAAACUACAUCAACAAAUACAAUAAAUACAGAAUGUUUUUAUAUAUAUCUUGAAAUUGAUGAUAAUGAUGUUAGUUGGGGUGGUUGGAAUACCCAACCAAAUAUUAUUUUUAUGAUGCAACAUUUUUCGCUAACUUUGUUAGUUUUACAUUUUGUAAUAAUUUCAUCAGGAUUUGUACAUAGAGAGUAUUUGAUAUUUCAAAGAAUGCCAUUUAAUAAUUUAUUAUGGUUUUGUAAUAUAGUUAUUGUUUUAGGAUUACAAGCUCUUUUUUCUGGUAAUACAUUGUAUAAAUUAUUGAAAGAAGAGCAACGGAAGAAUCAAAAAUUUCCAGUUCAACUGCCAUUAUUUUUCCUUAUAUCAAUUCCACUAAUUUUCACUAUUAACGAAUUGGUUAAGUGGCAAGAAAUAAAAGCAAAUGUACGUCAUCAAAAAAGGGCUCGAUUAGAAUUUGGUACAAAACUAGGAAUGAAUUCACCGUUUUAAUUAAUUCAUUGAUUAAUUAAAAUAUAUUCAGAAAAAGAUUAAAGCAUAUUUUUAUGUUAAUUUAAUGCAUUUAAUAAUAAUGAAUUAUAAAAAACUAAAUAUAAACUUUGGGUUUUUAAUUAAAGCUUAAACUUUUUGCUCUAAUAUUAUAUUUACAAGUACAAUAACCGCUUAAUCAAUCUAAGUAUUACAAUUAUUUACAAAAUACUUUUUUAUUAAAUUUAUGUAUGGUUAUAUAUUGUAUAUAUAUAUAUUUAGUGAUCAUAAAUU